AUGAUUCCACCCCCAGCACCGAUCAUAUUAGACGCACAAGCAAUUAGCGGGAUCACUGGUUCCAUCUCCCUCGCAUGUUGGAUCAUUGUAUUCGCUCCACAAAUCUAUGAAAACUUUACAAGAAAAUCAUCUGAAGGCUUAUCGUUAACAUUUAUUAUACUAUGGCUUGCGGGUGACGUGUUUAACGUGCUUGGCGCAGUGCUUCAAGGGGUGUUGCCAACCAUGAUUGUACUUGCCGUGUAUUACACUUUGGCUGAUAUUGUGUUACUAUGGCAAUGUUUAAUAUAUGGAAAUGGUACAUCCAAUGUUGCCGAUGAAGCUAAGAAUAAGCCAGACUUGUACCAUUUGUCACCGGCCAACCCCAUGAAUGAAAAUUUGCCAGAACACCAUCACCAUCACCACCAUCAUCAUAACCACAAUGCAAAUGGCUCAGCUAGAGCUUCUUCCGAUAUGAGACAAGAAGAUUUGGAAGCUGCAAAUACACAACUUUUAGCACCACCACCACCAGCACCACCAGCAGCAUCAUCAUCAACAUCAUUAUCAUUAUCGUCGUCAUCAUCGGUGUCAACCCCACCUAAAUCUAGCAACACUCUGACAUUUUUGCUCAACUCACUAAUGGUUGCUAUUGUCAUUGUUUCGGGAAUUGUUGGAUGGUACAUCUCCUACUUGAAAGACCAAGACCACCAAAGAAAGCAUCCAGGCGAAAUUCAUAAACCACAAGAUUUGGUUUACGACCCGUUAGCGCAAACUUUUGGCUGGCUAUGUGCCAUUCUCUACUUGGUCUCAAGAGUUCCACAAAUUGUUUUGAACUACGAGAGGAAAUCAUGCGAAGGAAUCUCUUUUAUGUUCUUUCUUUUUGCAUGCUUAGGUAAUUUGACAUAUGUCAUUUCGAUAUUGUCAAUCGAUAUGAGCUGGCAUUAUCUCUGGGUUAACAGUUCGUGGCUUGCAGGAUCUUUGGGCACCUUGGGAUUGGACUUUACCAUAUUCAUCCAAUUCUUUUUGUACAAUAAAGAUUUUGCAAAUGAUGACGAAGGAGAUGAAGAAAGCAGUUUGUGCAAUAGCGCAUGUGUCAAUGCCGGUAUAAGUAGGCCAUCUUCUGCUUCAGAGCCCUUACUUAACAACUCCCAAGGUGACGUCAAUACUACAUCAUAUGGAGCAAAUAGAAAUAUAGAGUAA